GUAAAACUGUUCCUGGUCACGUGCCACUGGUGAGUGGGAAAAAUGAAAAACGAAGAAGCAGAGACAGAAAAAAAAGAAGAAGAAGAAAGGAGAGAAUCAGGUAAAGCAGAUGCGUAGACAGAAGAGAAGGUACGAACGUACCUGCACACCAACUAGCGGGGCGCGGGCCAUAUAUAAAAGCCACUACGGUUCCUGUACGGUCAUUCCACUUUUGACAGUGGGGCCGAGUGGAGCUCAAGUCAAGAAAAAGAAAGAAAAAAAAAAAACUGCUUUAUUAUCUGAGACGAUAACGUUGGAAAAAAGUGAAACACGGCCGACAAAGCAACAGCAAGAAGACGUCCACAUUCUUUUUUUGGCCAGUAAGAAAAUCCUCAGAGAUCGGUCCGACAAUGGGGAACUCUUCGAUUGCCUGUAUGCUGGUCCUUCUCAUCGCUGGUGUAUGCAAAGCCGACACGGGUGCCAACACUUAUUAUGGCCGCUUGAUUGGUUCGCUGGAAUCGCAGUAUCACGGAAUCCGAGGCGAUGUCUACGCCGUAGACGCCAGGACCCUCUUCAUCAAGGGCUUCUCCUACGACGGCAAAGGACAAGAUGCGCUAUUCUACGCCGGAUCUUCAUCCAGAGUCGGAACGGAUGGCUUCGUCGUUCCCAACGAAGACGGCUCAACGGAAAGCCUUUCUAGAGCUUAUGAAGACCAAGACUUAACGCUGACGUUACCCGAAGGCAAAACCAUCAAAGAAAUCCGUUGGUUGACUGUAUGGAGUCGAUCCUUUUCGGAGGCUUUUGGCGAAGUUAAAGUACCAGCCGGUUUUGAUUACCCGCGUCCCCAACGACUGACGCCGCUCUCCGGCAUUCAUCAAGUCGCUUCAGAUCGUAUCUACGUCGUCGACGCUCAGACUUUCCUGUUGCCCAAUUUCACGUACGACGGACAAGCUCCUGAUGCCUUUUUCUGGGUGGGUACGGGCCCCAAGCCGAGCCAGGAGGGAGCGCAAGUGCCCGAUGAGAACGGCAAAACUGACCCGCUUCGUCGCUACGACACUAAAACGCUCGUUCUGACUCUGCCCGGCGAUUUGACCGUUUUCGACGUUGAAUGGCUGAGUAUCUGGUGUAGGGCUUACGGCAUCGAUUUCGGCCACAUCCGCAUCCCCAAGAACCUCAAUGUGCCUCCAUCGCUGAAAAUGCUCGGCGUCGCACCUCAGGCGAAGCUCAAUUGUGAAGUGCUCUGGGAUGACUUGGCGCUCGAGGUCCGCUGGGCGGUGGCCGGAGAGACUAUCGUCCUGCAAUUGGUCGGCAAAAUUGAUGACGGACAAUAUGUGGCGUUCGGACCCAGUGGCGAUUCAAAAAGAACUAGGAUGAUCGGUGCUGACGUGGCUGUUGGUUGGUUGGAUCGUGAGAGUGGCAAAGGCUUUGUUCACGAUCAUUACAUGACAUCGAAAUCGGCUUGUACGGCCGGAAAGGGAGUGUGUCAGGAUACCCAGUCCGCUCGUGGAACCAACAAUAUCCGACUGCUCAAUGCUGCACUCGUCAAUGAUUACGUCAUGCUGACUUACCAAAGGCCCCUCAAGGCACAGGAUGAACAGGACAAAAGCAUCAUCACCAAUGGAACCCAGGCCGUCAUUUGGGCUGUUGGACCACUCAGUUCAGACAAUGAACCCACUUACCAUAAACUCAGGAAUAAAGGUGAUUUAUUAAUCGAUUUUGGACGGUCACCUUUCUGGAACUGUCCGGCUCCGGAAGAUCCGUCAGCAACGUCUGGUUCGGUUACCGUUCCAUCUGUUCAACGACGACCGACCACAGAAGACAAUCGCUGGUCUUCUUUAGAUGGCAAUUCAGUCGCACCCAAUACCCAAUUGUUGGCCAAGUACCAACCACCUCAACCACCUUCCCAACCUUCUCCACCCGCCGUGUCUAACAAAGUACCUUGGUAUAUCCCAGCUAUCGAAUGUAACGAACCUGAGAAUCACGUCUAUUACGCUCAUCUUGGUCCGAACGGUGGCAGCCAAGGUUACAACGCCAUUACAGGCAAUCUUGGCUGGGGAGUUUCGUGGUUCAUUAACGGAUUACUCAUUCCCGAAGUGACUGUCGUUCGUGGCGAGACUUACACAUUUGUGGUAGAAGGUGGCCAAGACCCAGAUCGCCCGUCUCGUUAUCAUCCAUUCUACAUUACAGAUGAUCCUGAAGGUGGUUAUGAAUUCAAAACACCCGACGAGAGAUCUAAAAUCAGAAUAUUUGCUGGUGUAACUUACGACCGUGAUGGCAAUCCCGUUUCAUCGGCCCAGGGCCGCCUGUGUGAAUGGGUCGAAGAUCCUACCCAACCGGCCGACAAGUUCACCUCGUUCGGAGCUUAUCAGAGAACAUUGAAACUUCAUUGUGAAGAAGGUGAACCAGCCAUUAUGCAAUUUAAGCCGGACGUAAACACACCUGACACGGUUUACUAUCAGUCUUACGUCCACCGAUAUUUGGGCUGGAAAAUCCGAGUUGUUGACAGCUGCGACCUGGACCAUAACAAUCGCAAAGCUGGAACCUCAGGGCAACCAUCCGAUGCGUUCAGUCCAGCUUCCAAACGACCUUCAGAAGACGAACAGAGAGAAUAUCCAGAUUACUACGAGGACGAUGUACCUCGAAUUCCCGAGAUUAAAAAAAUCGAUAACGUCGAACCUUCAAACACGAUGGAUUUCGCGCCGGAAUAUCGAGCACCUGAAAGCGAAUUCUUUCCGGAAAAUGCGUUCGGUAGCCACUUCCCAUCUGAGUUCGAAGAUUUUUUCAGAGAUUCAGGUUUUGGCAGCAGAGAUGAGGGCAGACCUGUUCCACAACGGACUACGGUACCGCCGCAGCGUCCUACAGCGCCGCCGCCGCGUCCCACAGCACCAACACGUCCCACAGUACCGCAACGAUAUUAUUCAACUCAAGCACCAACUGCGCCUCCUACAGCACCGCCAACAUUACCUCCAGUUAAACCAACUAAACCAGCACCUGCCGUUGUGAGACCAACCGAACCACCUCGCCAGAUUGCACCGCAGGUCGCCGUUAAGGCAGAAGAACAGAAACCCCACAUCAAUAUUCCCAUCCCUGGGCCGGUGAAGCAGCUGACUAAGCUAAUCCAACACACGUCCAAUUUCCGCCAGCGACCCAAUUUGCAACAUCACCAGAGAGAACCAUUGCCUAAUCAAGAACCUGCCGAACCCCGUCCGUUGAUUCCCGAUAGGCAGCAAGAUAGGUCGGCGCAAUCAGAAAGGCCAGCGUGGAGCCCGCCGUCAAACGAACAGCAUAAUAAUAAUUUCAAUGCCAAGGAAGUUAUUCCUACAAGAAUUAAUCCACCACCUGUUCAGUCUUACUCGUUCAAUCCGCAAGCCGGAGGUGUUUUCAACCCGAAUACUAUCAUCCUGGAGAGCGGAUUCAAACCUAUACGUAACGUGGAUGGACCUAUACCUCCGCUAGGAUUUGACGUCGAACCUCAGAACGUGGAAGGGAAAGGCAUCGGCGCUGAAGAUCCGAGGGUCACCAGCGAAUCACCUAGUCUAGUCACGUUGGAUCCAGUUUUCGUCGCAUCCGAACAAGAUCACCGCAGACCGAAGGAACCCGUACCGAUUACAUUACCAAAGGCUGUUGUUCCAGUUGUCCCAGGACCGUCUAUGCCAGCUCCGAGGUUCCCUCCGCACCACGAAGCCAAUCAUCAAGUGAAUCAUCCCAGUCCGCAGCAAUUUAAACCGCACCCGACGCCUCCAACGCUUCCCGCACAACGUCCGCAACCCCGUCCUCCUCAGUUUAGCGGACAGGAGGCGAACGCACGUCCUCAUUCACCUCCUGUUCCUCCUCCUGCCCGCAAGAAAUCUUCUGGAUUAGCUGCGUUCUUCAACUUUGGUGGCAAUCGCCGUAAGGAACAGAAUGUUCCUCCUUUGGCCACACCGAUCGCUACUGCCGGAUCUCCUUCAGUUAACAGGCCUUCAUUUAGUUGGCAACCACAGAAUGGUCCAGUGCUUCAGAGACAUCCAGUUCCACAAGCUGGAUGGACCCGAGAACAGCAGCCGUCUCAUCAGCAACCUCAGCAAGGUGCACAUUUUCAAAGACCGUUUCCUGGCGCCGGACAAAGCCGUGCAGGUGAACAACCGCUAUCUCUACAGCAACGCCAACAACAAGAGGAGAAAUUAAGGAACCGGAAUAAUCCAGCACAAAACCGGCCGUCUUCACAACCGCAUUCGAAGCCGAGUCAAGGCUUAACGGGUCUUCUUCAACGAUUCCUCGGCAACGGUGGCGAUCGUCGCAAAGAUAACACUCGGCCACAGUCCGACAGCAAAUCAGACAUUCCUCAUGCCGUACACAAAGGUCCUCCCCCUGUUGCGAUAAAUGGUAAAGCAGAUUUGCCAUUCCCACCUGAAGUGAGCUUCCAAGGAUCAGUUCCGCCCAUUAUCAUCUCGAAGGUGCAAGCCGCCACUCGUCCUAACUUUGAAGGCGUGCGACGUUCCGAGCGACCGCUGAAUAAGAAACUGAACGUUUUAGAUCCUUUUUCAGCUUCGAUUAUAGGCGGUGGUUCGGUUCUUGGUACUGCUGGAAAGCCCGUCAUCAGCGAUGCUGAAAGAGCUCAAUUAGAAAGAUUUCUAUUUGGCCCGUCAGAACAGUACACACCGCGAUCAUUCUCUUCUGAAUCUUUAUUGAGCAACUUCGAGGAUUGGCUAUCAGGUGAAGCUCCAUCAGAAAUGCUGCUGAGUAAAAUCGCUGAGGUGUUGUCCCGUGAAGCUUCGACUGACACAGCUGCCGAAGAAGAUAGCACAGCAGAACCAGAGCUUUCAACCGAUGUAUCAACGACCGAGGAUGGAGAUGUAGCAUCCGCCGAUGAAAAAUCGCACAAUGUUUUGUCUGAUGCUGAAGCUGACCAUGAGGGAGUCAAACCAGUUGGUAGCGAAUCAGAGAGAAGAAAGCGACAAGUCGACGACAGUGAUCAUCGAAAUGAUAACCAACACUUAGAUCAACUACCCCAGGAGUUGGAUUCUAGCCAGCUACCGGUUGAACACCGCGGAUUGGACGACGAGGAGGAUGUCCAAGAUCAGCAAAAUGAAAAGAACGGCUCAACUACUUUCGCUUCCUGGUUCUCGUUGUCUUCGGCACUGCUCUUGUUUGUUGGCUUUACCAGAUUUCACUUGAAUCAUUUUUGAUGAGAUCUUCGUCUUCCCAACUUCCUUGUUGUAAAUAAUUGCCAAUAAGCAACCGACUGAUUAGAGCAAAUAGCUCAGCUUGGAUUGCAAACAAAAAUGGUUGGGUUUCACUUUUUGCAUAACAGAUCCAAAAAAAAUGAGUUUUUUUUAUAAUCUGCAACUUUAAUUUAUUCGCUUAUUUAUAUUCUUUUGUCCUGGUUCGAAAUUUGGUAUUAGAUAACUGCUAUAAGGGAUGUCUUGUUUUGCAGUUUGUGUUUUUGUGCACAUCCUUCUUGCAAAACUACCUGAUUUCUGAUGGAAUUCAUUAAGUGGCAAUACACACAAUUGGGAACUUU